AUCUUCAGUUAAGCUUCGAACUUUUACCAGGCAAGUCGUGUCUGCGGCUGCUAACAUUUGGCAGUGUCUUUAGAAGUCCACAAACGCGGCUCAAACGUUAACGGAAUUUUAAAACCGAGAGCGAAGAAAACAGAAAACUGCAUCAUUUGCAUAAAGCAAAUAGAAAACGUAACGAAAAUAACUUCGUCCCGAGUUGAUUUGGAUUUAGUGUUGUUAUUUCGCGUCGCAUAUCUGACAUUUUUUCGCGCGUUCCCCCAUUUAUUUUUCCGGGGAAUAUUUUCCAGCGGUAUCGUGUUUGUUUCGAAAGAAAAUAGUGCAUUGAUAUCUGAUUAAUUGAGAAAACAAUAACAGUUAGCCAAAAGGGAAUUCGCGAGUGAAUCAUGAGAGUCUCUAUAGCAAUGUGGGGCACUUUGUGCCUGUGGGUGGUCACUGUGAAUGCACAAGGAUUUAUACCACCACCCAAUGCUGGUCUCCACAAUGGGCCGCCCUUUCACAACUCGCAGCGCCGUCAGCUGAAUCUGCAGCAGUACAAUCAGCAAAACUUUGUCCAGGCGGGCGUUGAGCUGCCCAUUCCCCACCGCGCCCAACAUGGACCUCCCCAUCAGCAGCACACGCAUCUGCAUCAUCAGCAACAACCACAACAACAUCGCUUCGGGCAGUUCCCACAGCAGCAGCAGCAGCAACAUCAGCAGCAGCAACAGCCCCAGACCAAUCAGCAGUUUCAACGUUCGACCCAAAACCAACUUCAGACCGCUCCACAGUUUCCCCAACAGCAACAGCAGUUGCAAUCGUCUGCCGCAGGUUUAGAUCUGCAUCAUCAAAACUUCUUGGACUUGCGCAACUUUGCUGGCUCUCAGCAGCAACAGCAGCAACAUCCCCAGCAACAGCGCCACAAGCAAUUCGAUUCUCGCUUGCAGUCAACGGCUUUUCCCCCGCAUCCCUCUCAGGAAACUUACCAGCAUCAACCAUUGCAGCAGCAGCAACAGCAGUAUGCCUUCCAGCAACCCCAGCAAUUUGGACCGCAAGUUCUGCCUCAGACCACACAAAAGUUGCCUAGCCAAGCGCCAGUGCCAACUUUCCAGACGAUUCCCCAGCAGCAGUCCCAGUUUAACUAUCAGCCUCAGCCACAGACCACUCAGCAGCAAUAUCAGCUGACUCCCCAAUUGGGACUACCAGUUCCUCAGAUCUUUAGUAAUGUCCAGGCUACACCAUUCCCUGAACCAACUCGAGGAACCUUCCAGCAGCAACAGCCUCAGCAACAACCUCAGUUCCAGCACCAGUUCGUGAAUGCUCCUUCCCCAAUUCAGCCUCAGGCCCAACCGGCUGAUCAGGAAUACAAACAGAAGUUAAUCCAGAAACAUGAACAGUUUGUGGCCAAGCAGUACGAGAAGUCGCAGAACAAAGUGCGCCAGCAACAUGAGGAGUUCCUUCUCAAGCAGCACCAGAUCAAGCAGCACAUCCUACCCACGAUUGUGACCCAACACAAUGGAAACUACCAGAACUCUCCCUACGUUGCGGCACCGGCACGUGGAAGACCAGUGGCCCAUCCCACGGAGUACAAUCAGUUUAACAGUGCCCUGCAACAGUACUACAAAGAGCAUCCAACAACGACCACAACCACCACGACAACCACCACCACCACGGAGGCCACUACAACUCCCAAGAAGAACAUCUAUGCUCAGGUGAAAUCGGAAUUGGGAAAAUAUCCAACGCAAAAGGGCAAAAAACCGGUGAAGACCAUCGCUCGAGAUGAUCUGCUAAAGCAGUUGAAGGCUGCCUUGUCCGAGGCACCACAACAACCGCUGACCGGUAACAAGACCUACGAUGAGAUGGAUUUGGUUCUUCCUAAUGGCCAGCGGGUUCAGGUGAUUCGCACCACAGAUCCCAACUUGGUUCAGGGACAAAAGGCUUACUCACAAGAGCAGCUACAAACUCUGCUGGCUCAGCAGGCUUUGGGCGGCGAUGCUAAGCUCAGUUUGAGUGAUGUGGCUCCUACUAAGAGCAAGGAUCUUGAACUGCCUGGUGGUGGAAAGGUGCAGAUUCUGCGAUCUCCUGAUCCUCAGGAGUCUGAUACUCUGCCAUCUGGUGCUUUGCCGGGUGGUGUGGAUCUCUCUAGCUUGGCCGCUCUAUAUGGAGGUGGUGCCGGCGACAUUCAGGGCAUUAGCAAUGGAGCAAACAGCAUUGCCAGUUCCGCCGUCAUUACCUCGGACUCAGACGACCCACCAUCCCUGGAAGAACUGGCCAAGCGAGGAUUGAUUCCCGAUGGCUACGAAAUCGAGGGUCUGAGCCCGAAGUCACAGGCUCCGGUCACCGCACCACCACCACCACCGCCCAAGAAGAAGGCCACCUAUGUUUAUCUUGAAGAGCAAACCGAUGGCAGCUUCAAGAUCCAAGGAGUUAAGGCUAAUGGCGAGAAAGAGACCAAGCAAACCGGGUCCGAAGUGGAAAGCAUCUUGGAGCGCAUUAGGAGCGGUGAGAUUAAACUACCGCCCUCCGUUUCCCGUCUGACCUUGCCCAACGAUGAGCUGGUGGAGAUUAAGAGCGGCAAGAUCAUCCAAACUACCCGUGCCCCAGCAACCACAAGCACAACCACCACCACAACGACUACUACUCCAACACCGUUCGUUUCCCGCGGAACACCUAGCAACCACAGGCAGUAUCACCCAUCGAGGACUUCGACAACAACCACCACAACCACUGCACCCACAACGGCCCGCCACAACUUGAUCUUCGAGAGCAGCACGACCCACGCAAAUGCGGCUAGUUUGAUCCGCACAACUCCAUCACCAAUUUAUGGUGGAUCAACCGUGACAGUUUCUCCUUAUCUGGAAGGCGUAUCUACUCACCUGCCUGUGGUCACUGAGCGGCUUUCCGAUGUGGCCAACCACCCUGAGCUUCUGCCACCUGUACCCCAAUAUGCCGAUGCCCUCGUCCAGGAGACGGAGAACACCGAGAAGGCGGCACAAGCCAGUCCUUCGACCACUUCUGUGCUAUCCAAUCCUAGUGAAGAUCUUAUUCAGAUUCUCAAGACCAACGGACUCUUCGCCAUGGCCAAGUAUCUGAGACAGUCUGGCUUGGACACCAUUCUCAACGAAACUGGACCCUACACCAUCUUUGUCCCCACGGACAAGGCUUUCAAGAAUCUGCUCGUACAGUUGGGCGGACCUGAAAGGGCCGAGGAGAAGUUCCAGUCGAAUCCCAGAUUAUUGAGCGGGCUACUGCUCCACCACGUGAUUCCAGGAGCGUUUGAAAUUGCCACCCUGCAGGACGAGAUGACUGGUGUAUCUCUGGCCGGAACCCAACUGCGAGUUAAUCAGUACAACAUGCAUGACCAGGAGUGGAAUGAUGUGACUCUUACCACCAUCAACGGAGCCAUGGUUGUUCUAAACAAGAAGGACAUCAAGAUCCCACAGGGAGUGGCUCACGCCGUCGAUCGCGUGAUGUUCCCACUGCCAGUUGGAGAUAUUCUGCAGACCCUACAAUCUGACCGCGAGGGUCGUUUCAGCAAUUUCCUUAAGAUUCUGUACACCUCUGGACUGUCCGAGAAACUGCAAAGCAAGGGUGUCAAGACCUACACGGUUUUCGCUCCCGUUGACAAAAGCUUCAGCGAACUGGAUUCCGAUACUCUGGAAAAGCUCUACAAUGACAAAGAUGCCGCCGAGCAGUUUGCCAUGAAGCACAUUGUUCCCGGUGCUCUCUUCUCCGCCGGCAUGCGUUUCUACCAGGUCAAGGACUCUCUGUCUACUGGCAAGACCGUAAUCCUGCAGAAGACAUCAGCCGGCAAGAUUAAGGUCAACGAUGCCCAGAUGGUCACAUCGAACAUUCCAGCCACCAAUGGAGUAAUUCAUGCGUUGGAUGGAGUUCUGGCGUGAAGAGAUUAAAGCUGCCGGGGCAUUUAGCGGCCCUUUCUCAAGCAGUUUAUUGUUUAGACCUUAAGAUUUAGUUUAAGCGAAGAGGAGUUUCAUCAACCACAUCCAAAAUUGUUAGUGAAAUCUUGCCAAAGUCCCUGACUGGACUUAAGAAAUUACAAUCUUUUAGAGAACUGGUGCGAAUCCAUCGAGUAUAAUAGAUAUAUACACAACGAUCGGGUGCUUCCAUAAACUUUUCUGUAUUUUUUUCUUUUUCGCCUUCAUAAAACAGUCAUUACAAAUAGUUCAAUUUAAGAAAGAAGCAGAUAAUGUGUAAAAAACCUAGAAAGGUGGAAUCUGAUUAUGAUCUAAGCUAAGUUCACAUAUAAUUUAUUUUUGGCAUUCAAUCAAAUGCAAAUUAAUUUAC